UUGUACACAAUCAUCAUGGCCGCUAUCUCAUCCGCCGCCGCCGAAGGUGCCGCGGAGCCGGGCAUGGAGGCCGAGGCGCCGGGCUGCGGCGGGGAGGGCGGCUCGCCGCGGGGCGAGGGGUGCCUGGCCGGGCCGGCUGGCGCCGUCAGCAACGGCAGCGACACGGAGAGCGGGCAGGAGCUGGUGGAGCUGCGGGUGAUCUGGAACAAGAACAAGUACGACGUGAAGUUCCGCCUGGACAGCACGGGCGCCGACCUGAAGCAGAAGAUCCACUCGCUGACAGGCCUGCCGCCCGCCAUGCAGAAAGUGAUGUUCAAGGGGCUGCUGCCCGAGGAGAAAACGCUGCGAGAGAUCAAAGUCACCAACGGUGCCAAGAUCAUGGUGGUGGGCUCCACCAUCAACGACGUGCUGGCUGUCAACACGCCCAAGGAUGCUGCGCAGCAAGAGGGGAAGGUGGAGGAGAGCAAGAAGGAGCCGCUCUGCAGGCAGAAGCAACACAGAAAAGUAUUGGAUAAAGGAAAACCUGACGAUGUGAUGCCUUCCAUUAAAGGUGUUCAGGAGCACCUACCUGCUGUGCCAUUAUCUGGCAUGUACAACAAAUCAGGGGGGAAAGUAAGAUUGACCUUUAAGCUCGAGCAAGACCAGCUAUGGAUUGGUACAAAAGAGAGAACAGAAAAGUUACCCAUGGCGUCCAUUAAAAAUGUGGUGAGUGAACCUAUUGAAGGACAUGAGGAUUAUCACAUGAUGGCAUUUCAGCUGGGCCCAACAGAAGCGUCUUACUACUGGGUCUAUUGGGUACCAAAUCAAUAUGUUGAUGCAAUCAAAGACACGGUGCUGGGAAAAUGGCAGUAUUUUUGAAAGCACGCUCACCUCUGGCACAGGAAAAUGACACAAAGCUAAGGACACUGCUGGGAGAGGCCUCCAGCAUGCCUGGAUGUGACAGUCCUGGAACUUAUUAAUAAAAUAUGAUAAAAGAGGCAUUGAUGGAAGCCAGAGGUGAUGUUCUUUCACCAUUAGUUUACUUUUAACUUAAAAUUUUCACCAUCCCUUUUCUGCAGUCAGCUUCAACCGUAUUUAAAGCAAAAUGCAGUGGAAAUCAAUAAAUUCUAAUUCACAAAA